GGCCCAGCUCUAAUGUCAGAUGUUUGCGGGACUUGACGCUUAAUGGCGCUUCUCCAGCCAGCAACUUUGUGUUGAAGGAAAUUGAAGCACUGCGGCCCCAUUCUGGCGUUAUGAAGAGUCACUGGAGCCCCCAAGCGAGCCAGUAGCCCCUCACGAGAUCUUUUCGUUGCCAGCCACCCACCCCCUUCUCUCUCCAUCACACACACCCAUUGGCACUAUGGAUCUGGUUUCCCGCCUGGACCCCUACGAACAGCAGCUGCUGAAGGAGUUCAACAGCCACGACAUUGACAAUGUGGGCAGUCUGGACCGCGAUGGGCUCGUCCAACUGUGCCUCACCCUGCAGCUGGACGAUCAAAGCUCCGAACUGGUCCACAGCCUUUUGGGGGACCAUCAGCGGCGCGCCACCUUUGCCGAAUUCAAGGAGGCGCUGCUGAAUUUGCUGGCUCGCAUGCAGAACCAGAAGAGCCCUACCAAGACGCCCAGCAGUCCAGGGGUGGAGGCGGACCAGGAGUGCCCCAAGUACGUCUAUGGCAGCAAAAAGUACGGCAGACGCACCAGGCCGAUUUACCAAGAGGAGGGCGACGGCAGGCCGGUGCAACGCUCCAACUCGCAGAGCGAGGUGCUGUCCAAGAAGCGCAAAACCAACUUCAAGCUGAAAAGAUGCACCUCGUUGCCGGCAAGCCACGCCGCUCCGCAGGCUGGGCGCCAAAUCGAGUGCACUGAAGAGACGCUCCGUCAGGCGUGGAGCAAGUUGGGCGUGGGCGCCGACGGCUUCCUCAACCAGACCGAACUGCUCCUAGUGUGCGACGCCAUUGGGCUGCACAAGCUGGCCGACGAAGUGAUCAAGCAGCUGGAGCUCAAUUGCGACCGCAAGAUCAGCUUCAGAGAAGUGCUGGAGGUGGCGCGACGCGACGAAACCUGGACCGUCCAGGCGGACAAUGCGCUCUUUCCAGACUCGCAGACCUUCCAGUACGUAACCCUGGGCCCAGAUGGCGACGGCUUUGUCAGCGCCGAUUCGCUCAUCGAAAUGUGGGAAGCCAUCGGGCUGCACUCGCCCAAAGAGCUGCUGGUUGAGCUGGGAUUCGACACCCGCACCAUACGCAUCAACGAUUUGGCCGAGCGGCUGGAAAAGCAGACGCGAACCAUCAGCGAAGCACGCGAAUACGCGCAGAACCCCCACUUGGUGCUGCUCCAAGCCAACCUGGCGCUCUACCAGUCGGAGAUUCGGUGCCUGCGCAGCAUUCUGGAUCAGCUGCGUGCCGAGCGCGAGAAGCUGAAGCUGGACGUGGCCGACGCCAACAAUCGGGCAACACUGCUCGCCCAGGAGGUGGACGACAAUCAUCUGCGCAUGGAGCAAACGGCGCUCAACCAGGUGAAGCUGCUGGAGCAGCGCCAUGCAGACAUGCUGCGCGAACUGACCGCUCAAACGGGCAAAGACAAGGAGCAGCUGCACAGUCUCAAUCAGGCGCUAGAGCUGCGCAUCGACACACUGGAACUGGAGGCCGGCAAGCUGAAGGGCGACCUCCAGAUUGCGCAGCAGUACUCCAUGGAGGUGGAGCGCGAAGCGCAAACCCUCAACAGUCGCAUCGGCGACCUGAACAAGGACAAGCAGCAGCUGCUGGAACGCGUCGGCGUCCUAGAGGCCGACAAAUUGCAGCUGAGUGAGCUGAAGCGGCAAGAGAGCGAGAUGCUGCUGGCGCAGCUGACAACGCUGCAAAUGAAAACCAGCCAGCUGAAGGACCGGAACGACGAGAUGGAGGCGGAAAUCGAGACGCUGAUGACCAUGAAGGGCAAGGCCAACUGCACCCCCACCAGGAGCUUCAACACCUUGGACCAGUCAAUGGAGGAGGAGGAGGAGGAGGACGAAGUCCCCUCCAGGCCCGCACCAGCCGGCAAAGUGGACGCGCCCUUUGCGUCGAGCGAGAGCGGUUUUGACACCGAGCCAGAGUCGCUGUCAACGUCAACAUGCGAUCCCGACGAGGUGCACAGGUUGCAGGCCAAGGUGGCCUUUCUGGAGCAGGUGCUGGCGCAGCACAACGUUCCCGUGCCCGUUUUCCAGAGCGGCAACAGUGGCAUUUCGCUCAGUGAGCGAGUGCGCGAGCUGGAACAGGUCAUCGAGGACACCAAGCGCGCCAUUUCCAGGCCCGUGGCGCAGCAGGGUUGCCAGACCGAUGUGGACGAGGUGGAGGCGACGGUGCGCCGCCUGGAGCAGGAAAACCGCGACCUGGUGGCCAAAUGCACCGAGCUGGAUGACUGCGUCGAGUUGCUGCGCACCGAGUUUGAAAAGUGCGAAGACUACUGGCAGAGCAAAGUGAAUGAGGAGCGUCAGCUGUUCGAUGCGGAGCAGCGCGUCAGCGGCGACAAGCUGAACGACCUGCUGGACAAGAUGCGCGAAUACGAGGAACAGUACGCGCAGCAGGACCUGCUGGACAGUCGGCUGGCGCCGAUCGCCGAAACCGCACACCUGGAGAAGCAGUUCACCGAUCUGGAGCAGGAGUUCGAGGAGUACAAAGCGAGCCACGAGGAGGAACUGUUCCGCAAAGAGGAGGAGAUCAGCAUUCUGAACGGGCGGCUGAGCGAGCUGCAGUUGCAGCAGACCGACGCGGAGGAGCGCCGCGUCCUCGCCAAAAUGUCCACCUUCACCAGCUACGUGAUCGAGAACACGUCCCGCGCUCCUGCGGACAUGCAACCGGCGGCCGAGCCCAGCUGGUCCACGAACGCAACCAGUCAGACGCCCUGCAGGCCGAAACGUAUGCGCAAACACGACAAGACGCUGUACCAGAAAAGCGGCGCAGACAAGGAGGGCGCGAGCAAAAAGAGCCCGGAACCGACCGAGCAGAAUGUGGUGCUGCCGCUGUGCGUCUUCAACAACCUGAUCGGACGCGGCGACCAUCUGCAGGAGAGCGUGCGUCAUCUGCAGCGGUGCAUGAAGCAGCAGCACUACCACAACGAGCAAACGCUGCAGCGGUUCUGGCAACAGUUCAUGGGCGAGCGCGCCGAACUGCAGGCCAAGCUCAAGUACUGCCAGGAGAAGCUGGACCAGCAGAUGCGCCUGUGCAGCGAGCACCUGGACAAGCUGCAGCGCAACGACCUGUUCGUCAAGGAUCUGUACGUGGAAAAUGCGUACCUGUUCGCCAAUGUGGAACGGCUGGAGAAACAGUGCCGCAUGCUCGCGCAAGCCUCCAACUGCUCCAGCUCAGUCUGAGCCUUUGCACUGAGCACUAGACACACACACACACAGUACAAAUUCCCUGGCUCAGCUGGACGCUGAUGUUGCCAAAUGCUGCGGUUAGUCCCCAGUCAUGUACUCCCCCACAAUCAGCUGGUGUCGGCAACAACGCCCACCCUCCCACGUUUUAACCCGACCCCCCACAUUAUAGCCAUACUUUAUACCGACUUACUAGACGCCUAGGCUAAGUGUAUUGUUAUAUAAAAUGCAUUAACGUUGUUGUUUUCUACUAGGAGUUUUGCUUAUAUUUUUUGUUUGUUAAAUGUCUUAAUUACAAGUGUUAACAUGGACGCUGGUGCCUUGGAGUCCCCCGAGCGAUUAGGAA